UCACUGUGAUUUCGGUGCGCCUGUCACUAUGAUCACCAGCUCCGGCCCAGUCACAGUGACAGAAUCACAGCUCCGCCUAUAUGGCCCCAUCACUAGUUCUUGCGUGUCUGGACUUCCAAACCAUAGAAAGAUAGAACCAACACGAGGACAGGGAAAAAUGCAAAGCAUAAGAAAGAUAGAACCAACACGAGGACAGGGAAAAAUGCAAAGCAUAGAAGUAUGAGACAGGACUAUAAGACGAAUUUCAUAAUUCACAUAGGCAGGGGUGAUCAUCUCAAAACAGGAGGUCCAGUGUUCCUUUUUAACAAAUUUUCCACACAUUUCCAGAUUUUACCAGUACAUUAUCAGGAUGUCCAGUAG